AUAUAUUUCUUUCGAUUUCGACCAGAAGCCUAGGCUGCUGUCUUCCCCCUGGCCCCCAGUUCUGCGUUUUGUUUGUUUUAGAAUGUCUUUAGUACCGUUAUCUAGCAUCGCCACUUUUUUCAGUGGAGAACCAAGGCUGAUCCAGCGUGGAGAAAAUGCACACUCUUCGAACCGCGUGGAAUCAUUUCUGUUUCACCAUGAGCUUGGGCACAUUACUGCCAAGAUCCACGCAAGCAUGAAGGACAAGAGAUAUGAUGUGGAGAUCGAACUUGGUUCUGAAGGUGGCGUUGUACGCGCUUCGUGCACUUGUCCCAAAGGCCAAGGACGGUGCCACCACAUGGCUGCAGCCCUUGUCUACGCGAACAAGAAUGUGAGCAGCACGGACAGGGAAUGUUCUUGGACUGUACGGAAGGGAACUAGUGAAACAAAGACUGUGGAUGGCAUUUUCCCGAAGUCGAAGCCGUUUUGUGCCAUUUCACGCCCUGUGGAUAAUGAGGACAGGGCAUGGUUUCACCAUCAGCUUGGGACACUUGACAGGUGGAAGGGUUUUCGUUGGCUGCUAGAUCCCGAGGUGAAAGAAGCGGACAAUUUGCCGACGGAGACGGUUGAAGGUAUUACCCUGAGUCAAGGAUUCCUGGAAGCAGAACACAAAGUCACCUAUGUGUGUACCAGGCUAUCCGUAUCUGCUGCCCAAAUUGUAGCCGUGGAAAAAGCAACACAUGGCCAAAACUCGAAUGCUACUUGGUCGCUUCUACGCAAGGGCAGAAUAACGGCAUCCAACUUCGGCCCUGUGCUGAAGACUAUCUCAUCUGGCCGCCAGCCAUCUAAAUCUUUAUUUACUCGCCUUCUUGGUCAGUAUGAUUUGUCUGGGCAAAAGGCCAUCCAGUGGGGUCUCAUGCACGAAAGUACGGCUGUUGCAUGCUAUGAGGAGUGUGAAUAUGUGUCUGUGAGAUCCAGCGGCUUAUGGCUUGCACCAUGUGGCCUCAUUGGUGGUUCCCCAGAUGGCGUAGUUAGCGAAACAAAGCUCAUCGAGGUCAAGUGUCCGUACUCGGCAAGAUCGACAUCUCUUGCAGCUAUGGCGAAGGAAAAGACCUUCUUCUUGUCAGUGUCUUCUUCCUCUCCUGCUAACUUUUCCCUUGAUUUGUCAACUGAAUCUGGAUGGAAUUAUUUCCAUCAAAUCCAAGGUAACUUAUGUCUGACAGGUCGUGAAGUAUGCGACCUUGUCGUGUGGACUCCGUUGGAGACGGUGAUCAUCCCAAUUCGGGCUGACCCGACCUGGUCAGGAAAUUUGGCUCGGAUCGAGGAAUUCUACAAAACCUUUUUCUUGCCUGUCUUUCUGGAUGGUGGUGUGUAGUCAAUCCUAGGAUUGCAAUGGCCUGUGUAACUCUUCCCUUCUAUAUCCAGCCAUGUCUUUCUUUCCACCAAAACAGCGUACAGUAGAGUACAGUGAGAACAUCUGUAUGUUUGUUCUAAAUUGAA